UUUCCUCAGUGUUGGUCACGAUGUUGAAGGCAUUCUUACUCCUGGCGUGUGUGGCGGGAGCCUGGUCGGACACGCCGGCCAACUGCCUGUACGAGGACAUCCGCGGCACAUGGACCUUCCAGGAGACGGAGCGGUCGGGCGACAGCAGCCUCAGCUGCGACGCCCUCGGCCCCGUCGUCCACACCAAGACCUUCACCCUCAGCUUCCCCGACACCGCCACGGACGAGCUCGGCAACGAAGGCACCUGGACGCUCAUCUAUAACCAAGGCUUUGAGAUCAACAUCAACGAGCGGUCCUACUUCGCCUUCUCCUACUACGAAGGCAACUGGCUGGAAGUCACGUCCUUCUGCGACCGCACCUUCAACGGCUGGUCACGUGACAGGACAGUGAGGAACUGGUCUUGCUUCAGCGCCCAGAAGAACACGAAGGUGGCGCCCAGGGUGACCCGCCGUCCCGCCCAGAGGAACGCUGACGCCCCUUAUAAGAACGACCGCGACCUCGUCAGGAAGGUCAACGAAGGACAGACGUCGUGGACUGCCAAGGUCUAUCCGGAAGACGAGAAGUACACCGUCGGGGAGAUGUACCAGCGCGCGGGCGGCCUAGCUUCGACCCUGCCCACGCGCCCUCCGCCCGCCCCCGCCACGCCCGAGCAGCGAGCCCGCGUCUCCCUCCUGCCGGCGAGCUUCGACUGGCGCAACGUGAGCGGCGAGAGCUACGUGUCCCCCGUGAGAGACCAGGGAGGCUGCGGCUCCUGCUACGCCUUCGCCUCCAUGGCCAACCUCGAGGCGCAGGUCCGGAUCGCCACGAGGAACCAGCGGCAGGAUGUGUUCUCGCCGCAGGAUGUCGUGUCCUGCUCGGUGCUGGCCCAGGGCUGCAUGGGCGGCUUCGACUACCUGAUCGCGGGUCGCUACGCCAUGGACCAGGGCGUCGUGGCCGAGGAGUGCAACCCUUACGACGGCUCGGACAGCCAGUGUGACACGGAUGCCACAUGCGCCAAGACCUACGUCAGCGAGUACGUCCACGUCGGCGGAUACUACGGAGCUUGCAACGAAGAGCUCAUGUUGCAAGCCCUGGUCGAAACGGGACCCAUCUCCGUGUCCUUCGAGGUUUAUGACGACUUCAGGAACUACAACGGCGGCAUCUACCACCACACCGGUCUCAAGAACGACUUUAAUCCGUUCGAGAUCACGAACCACGUGGUGCUCGUGGUGGGCUACGGGGCAGACGAGGCCACAGGAGAGAAGUACUGGAUUGUGAAGAACUCGUGGGGCGCGCACUGGGGCGAGGACGGCUACUUCAGGAUCAGGAGAGGGACUGAUGAGUGUUCCCUCGAGUCCAUGGCCGUUCAGGUGACCAUCAUUCCCUGAAGUGGGGAGAUGGGCUUAUAAGGAAGCGUGGAAGGACACGUUCGAGUUGUUGAAGCAACUGUUUAGUCUUUGAAGUUCAUCAAUAAAUCUGCGCUGUGACUGUAG